AAAGAGAGGAGGAGGGAGGGAUCGUUUCAGCUUGAUCCCAAAGGGUUAAAGUCACACCAAGUUCCUAAAGUCCCGUUACUUCCAAGUCAGAGCCUGGCUGCUGCCUGCGGUUAGUGGGUAGGGAUUUUGGUUUUUUUUAAUAACAUUAUAAAUAGAGCUGUGUUCAGUUGCUGCAGACUCACUCUGUCUUCCACUCCACCUUCUCCCUCCUCCUCCUGUUGCUGUUCCUCCUCCCCAAACAUCCAUAGCAGCUCUGAGGAUAUGGACCGGUCAGCCUUCCUACUCAGGCUCUUCUGUUUGCUGGCAUGCCUUUUCCCCAUCUUCCAGGCAUGUCCCCAGAACUGCCACUGCCAUGGUGGUGACCUCCAACAUGUCAUCUGUGACAAUGUUGGGCUGAGAAAGAUCCCAAAGGUAGCAGAACAGACACGGCUCCUCAAUCUCCAGAGGAACAAUUUCCCUGUCUUACCAACAAAUGGUUUUAGAGAUUUGAAAAAUCUUGUCUCUCUCCAUCUCCAACAUUCCCACAUCAAAGAGAUCUCCAGUGGAGCCUUCCGGGGCCUGAAGCAGUUGGUCUAUCUUUAUUUGUCUAAUAAUGACAUCAGUGUCAUCAAGAUGGGAGCCUUUGAUGACCUGACAGAACUCACCUACCUCUACAUAGACCACAACAAGAUUCCUGACUUACCCAAGGGGCUCCUCUCCCCAAUGAUUAACCUUUUCAUCCUGCAACUAGGCAGCAACAAGCUCCGAGAGUUGAAAUCAGGAGCCUUCCAUGGCACAAAGGACCUUCGCUGGCUCUAUCUGUCUGACAACUCCAUCUCUUCCAUUCAGCCAGGAGCACUGGAUGAUGUGGAAAACUUAGCUGUAUUCCACUUGGAUAAGAACCAAUUGACCAGCUACCCACUGGCUGCAAUGAGCAAGCUGAGAGUGGUGGAGGACCUGAAAUUAUCACACAACCCAAUAAAAGUCAUUCCAGACUUAGCCUUCCAGUCUUUUGGGCGCUACAUGGAGACCCUCAGCCUGGACAACAUGAGCCUAGAAAAGUUUUCAGAUAAAGCAUUUGCUGGCACAACCACGCUGAAGACUGUUCACAUUGAGAAUAAUAAACUUUCCAGUCUUCCUGGGAGCUUUCCUUUCAGCCGCCUUGAGACCCUCACCCUGUCUAAUAACCCUUGGCACUGCUCCUGUCAGCUAGCACCUCUGCGCAGGUGGCUGGAAUCCACUCGCUCACGCCCUGAUGCAGCCUGUGCAUCACCCUCUCAGGCUCGAGGACAGCAGAUUCGAGACACGGCUGCACUUCGCAGUUGCAAACUCCCCACUAAGAGGUCCAAGAAGGGAAGUCGGCAUUAAACAGGACCUGGGAAAGCCAGUCCAGAUGACUGGUCGCUUCAACCAAUUAGAAAACUACUGACUCCUUCCAAACUCUUCAUCCUCAAGCAUCUCCUUUCCAUCAAGGAACAUUUCAUAUAACUAAUCACAUCUAUGUCCUGCCAAAUGCAGAUUGCAAGGUGGAAUCCACCAUUCCGUUUGCCUUACCCUUAAUAUUACAUGUAUUAUUUUUAAAGAUAAGGUUUUUUUUAAAAAAAGAAAUAUAAACUUUUGCAUGACACUGCUAAAACAAGCUAAACUAGAUCCUGCUGGUAAAAUACAGUCAUCUCUCCUGGUAUUAUUUAGUUUUCCACUCUGUUACCAGGCUUUGCCUUCCCACAUGCUGACAACUGACAGAGGAAUAUAAAACAUUUCCCCUGCAAUCCCAGUCCUACAGAUCAAUGACUGUUCAGGUGAAAAUGUGUACUUGUGCUAAAACUCUCAGUCUGCAACCACAAAAUCUCAAUUUUGAGCAGAAUCUAUAGUAUUUGAAAUGUUAUGAUCUCUUGUUAACACUGACUACAAAAUUGCCCUUCUAAGGUCAUACAUUCUCAGGGUAGGAAUUGGAAUGGGUGUCAAUCAACAGGGGGAAAGUAAUGAGACAGUAAUGUUAGACUUCUGGGAACAAGAGGCUCAAUCCCAAGAUCUAAGUGUGAAGAAGGGGCUGCAUGAAACAUCCAAUAAGCAAUUCAUAGUUGUAUCUAAACUGUAGGUGUACAUUGGUUUAAAAGAUUUCCUUGAGCUCAGGAAACUACAGGGACUAGAAGGGGAGGGACACUAGCAGCAACUUUUAUCAGCAUUAUCACCAUACUGUACAUUCCAGGAACCCUGAUGCACAGUUAAAAGAUGGAAAUACAGAUGGGGACAGAGGAGGCCCCAAUGCCAUUUUUGUAGACCCUAAAUAAUCCCUACAUUUCCUCACCUCCCUAAGAACAAUUGUGUAUUUCCUUCCUCAAAAUGGCCAAUAACAGCAUACACAAAUAGAAACAAACUUUGAGGAUGGGGGUUACUGAUGAUCCUCAUGCUAUGUCUGGGAAACUUGAGUUUCCUUUUAAAGAUCCUUUUAAAAGCCAAGACAGGGCUUUUUCUUCUAGUUUGAAAUAAGCCCCUUCUGGAAGUAGAAAAGAUAUGGAGGUGUUAAAAGCUCCCCAAAUAGUGAAAUGGACAGUAGCAGCUCUACUUGCAGAGGACUACAGGAUAGUAUUGGCUGGGCGGAGGGACAGAAUGUACAACCAACAUUUUUGACACAUAGGUGAUCCAUCCCUCUAACAGCCCAUCAGGGUGAGCAGUGAUGAAGCCUCCCAACCAUGGCAGUUGCUCAUCCAUGGAUUAAAGUAUGGAUUCUCUAAAUAUAGACAAGCCCACAGACUGUUGUCUUUCCUGUGACUAUUCAUAGGUAGAAACCUGUCUGAAUAACCACCUAUCUAUUUGAGACAGUGUGACUGUGGAUCAGUGCUCUUCUGAAGCAGCAUCGGUGAGUUGUCAACAGAAAGUUUUCUUUCCUAUUUGAUUAGAUUAGACAGUAACCUAAAACCCAAUUAACAUUUGGCCCUCCGGGUGCUGUUGGACUGCAGUUCCCAUUAGGUCUAGUUAUCAUAGCCAAGAGCCAGGGAAGAUGGAUAUUGGCCCACACUUUGAUGUCUAAGACUAAGUCUGUGUCACGACAGAUUCCCCCUGGGUUCUGGCUUUCCAUCCAUGGAAUUGAUUGGAACCCAGGGAGCCCAUGGAAGCAUUCUCUGAGUGAAAGUUUCUUAUGCAGAAUAUUGGUGAUAACAAAAAAGGAGAUUCUCUAAAAUAUCCUUGCCUUUGUUUACCAUUACUAAUCAUCCUCAGCAAUGGGCAGAUUCCAAAAGCAGUUGAGUGAUGUCUAGCUUUCAUUGUCAAGUCAUGUGGAGCAAAAAGCCUGAGAGAUUUGGCUGGUGCCCCUUGUGAACUGAGAAUGCAUGUUAGACAAUACCCCAUCAUCCUCUAUACACACAUGCUAAAAUAUCAGCAAGAACUAGGCUGACACCAAUUGGCAGAAGAAGCCUCCUCACCCCAUUAACCAGGGCUGGGAAAUCUGUAACCUUCCAGAAGUUGAUGUCCAGUUCCUAUCAGCCCUAGGCAGCCUGGCCAGCAGUGAGAGACAAUGGAAACACUGCUGAAGUACAUCAACAUCUGAAGUACCCAAGAUUCCCCACCCCUGGCAUAAAGGGUCCUCAGUAGACACACUGAUGGAGAAGGGGUAUCUAAUAUAGUAAAUUUGAAGAUCAUGACCCUAGAAAGGAAUAUGUAAAAUAAGGAAGGGAAGAAAGCAGAUGAUUAUUACUUGCCAUCUUGGGAGAUGACCCCUCCACUAUCUGUGUACCAUAAAAACUUAGUGGUAGGCAGCAAGAUGACUGUGCUUUAUCAUCAUGGAUUUUACAGUACCACAAUUUCAAUUUAACUGCAUUUUUAAUCCUAAAGAUUUAUAUAAAUAUAUAAUAUUUAUUCCUCUGUUACUGAGUGUAAAUGACUCCUAAGAGGAUUUUUUUAAAAUUAAAAAUCCUCUUACUCUUAUGUAGAAAACAAAUGGUAUAUUUUCUUAUGUACAACUUUGGUAUAAAGCUCUUGCUGC